UAUUCGGGUCUGUGCAAUAUAGAAUGUACAUCAUUGGUUUCCCUUUAAAAUCCGCAUGCCGAGACAACAAAAGAAAAGCUGAAAACAAAACCGAAGAAGCACAAACGCGGAUUUGGGCGUGUGGCUCGCAUCCUUGUAAAAUUAAGUCUGGGUUGCGACUGCAAAUAUUUCUGAUCACUUGAAGCAGCGGCGAAGUUACGUUAGGUAAUCUUCAGUACGUAUUUAUUCUCAGUUUGAACCGGAAUGCAUUAUGCUAUUGACCUAUUGUAAAUAAUGAAGCUGUUUUCUUGGGGGGCAAACAGCCACGGCCAGCUGGGCUUGGCAGUAGACUCUGAGCAGUGCGUCCUGCCUCGUGAGGUUCAUGGCCUGGAAGCGGAGCAGGUGGACCAGGUAGUGGGGGGUGGUGGGCACACCCUGGUCCUCACCAGGCGCGGCCAUGUGUUAAGCUGCGGCUGGAAUGCCGCCGGGCAGCUGGGAUGCGGGCACUGCCAAGACCUGAAUGUGUGUUCGCCAGUGGCAGUGAUGGAUGUGCAUGCACCCAGGAUGGUGGCGUGUGGCUGGGACUGGAGCGCAGCUGUCACUGCGAGAGGACAUCUGCUCACGUGGGGCUCCAACGCUUACUGCCAGCUUGGCGUGCAGUCCGAGAGCACACGCGUGAACCGGCCGCAGCUCGUGCCUGGCACGCCCUCGCUGAGGCACGUGGCGUGCGGCUUGCGGCACAUGGCAGCGGUGACGGAGGACGGCCGAGUGUUGGUGUGGGGCAGCAGUCGGCACGAGGCCCUGGGCAUCGUAGACGCUCACGGACUGCCCGCGCGGCGCCUCGCCUCCCCCACUGAAGUGCCUGGCCUGGAAGGAGCGGUGAGGGUGGCGUGCGGCCAGCACCACACGGCUGCCCUGACCAGCGACGGCAGAGUGUACGUGUGGGGAGACAACCGCCACGGUCAGCUGGGGUUGGACCCGUCUCUUCACCGCUCUGUGGCUGUUCCACUGCAGCUCGACCUGUCUGCGCACCCUCGUAUCAGUGCACGCAGCCUGCUGCUCUCGGGGUCCACGCACUCUGCUGUGGUCACAGACGAUGGUAGCGUAGUGAACUGGGGCAGGAACUGCUACGGACAGUUGGGGUUCCUUCAGCAGGACAGACCGGAGCCCUGGAAGCCUCAGGUGUUGCAUGACCUGGGCCGAGUGAGUCAGCUGGCAGUGGGUUCCGAGCACAACGUUGCACUUCUUGAGUCAGGCAGGAUCAUGAGCUGGGGCUGGAACGAGCACGGCAACUGUGGCACCGGCACGGUGGACGUGUGGCGGCCGCGGCUUGUGUCUCCAGACCGUCUCAAGGAUGUCGUGUGCAUUGGCUCCGGCUACGGACAUAGCUUUGCCAUGGCUAGCAGCUGACGUGCGUGCGACACCUCAGUGUCUGACUGUUCAUGUGUAGACUGACUGUGACAGCAAUAAGUGGUAAGAAUUGAGUGUGUUUGAGGUGUACUUUGUGACGUUGUUCUAUGACUAUCAGUAGCAAGCUUAGAAUUCGGAAGUUCUCAACCUGACAGUUGUGCCUCUCCUGACUUUCUACACAUUAUUUGUCGCACAUUUUGUGUGUUAAGCUUUUUCUUUGACCAAAGAGAGAGAGAGUGAGUCAUAUUGUGAAAUGCAUGACUGUGGAUAUAAAUUAAUACACAGUUUGUUUGGAAAAUAUCUUUGCUCAUAACACUUGAAACAUUGCAUUACCUCUACCACCUUUAUAUAAUGUGAAAGAACUGUUUCCACUAUUUAGGUAUUCUUGAGAUUUCAUAAGUUCCAGAGGAUUAUUUAGUUGGAAACACUUCAUAUUCAUGGUAAUGCAUAUUAAUAAUAAUAUUUUUGCAUUAGGUAAUAUAAUAAAGUAUUAAUGAUUAAUGAUGGGUUUUUUACCGUAUUUUCUCGCAAAAUCGUUGCACAUUUUAUUCUAAAAUCAAGUUUGAAAAGUAGGGGUGCGACGAUUAUGUGGAAAAAAAUUUGUUUGUUAGAUAAAAUUAUUCAUAAAAACAAAACCCAUUCAUGGAAAGUACGUUUAUUUAAAAAGUGAAGUAUAAAAGAACACGCCAAACAAUUUAAAUUAAUAAGUCAUGCAACAAAAACCUUUUAACUUUAAAUAGAAAAACAAAAUCUCUGAUCCAAGUGCAAGCAGAACGAACGCGUAACUACCGCCGUAGUACUCACCACGAAAGAGUGCAGGCCAUCAGAUGUAGUUAACUAGGCACUCAACAGAGAGCGUGCAUUGCAUGCACUUGGCGAGACAGCGAUAUUCUGCUACAUGUGCGCGCUCUAUACGAUAAGCAACAUAACCAAACAUUAAUGAUUGCAAUGAGCGCUGGCUAAAUUUUUGUAAGUGGUACACUGUGGUGAUGCAGAGACAAACAGGUGAAGGUUAUAACGUUUAAAAAGUCUUUAAAAGAAAAUUUACACGUCAGACAACUUAGUAUUUCCUUUAAUUAAAUAAGUAAGAGGUAAUGUCCAAAUAAAUAUUAGAUUUAUAUUUUAAAAUACAUCAUUUUAUACAGAAAAAAAAACCCACACAAAGCGUUUGGAACCUAAUAGUGGGACCAAAAACAUCAUGCGACAUUUACGCGAGAGGUUUUUUUUUUAAAUCCAAAUUUUGACGCCCUUAAAUAUGGGUGCGAUGAUUACGUGAUAAAAGAGGGUAUAUAAUUUUUAAAAAAGCCAUUUAAAGGUUUUUUCUUUUUGCUUAUUUUGGUCUGGUUGUGUCUAAGUUUAGUUACAUAUUCACCAAGUUUUUAUGUAUUUGCAGUGUUUUCAGAGCACGAUUAACCUCCAAUGCACCUUAAGUUAUGCCACCAGACACCUUCGUUAUUCUUUUCAUUGCAUGCUAUUUCCAGCCAAUCAGAGGCCUUUUCUUCUAAUCCCUAAGCCUCCGGGCCUCUGGUCCAAGUUAAUUACAUGCAGCCCUACAGAUGGUGAGAUUCGUCCUGUCGUCACCGUGGUCGCAUCUCUCCGGAGCUCAUUGCCUGUGACUUUAUUCGCAACUAAAUUAAGGGAUGUGCUCCCCAAGUUUUUUUUUUUUUUUUUUUAAUUUCUAGUUGGAUAGUUGCCAUUAGUUCAGUCGGGUAGCAGUUUCGUACCAUGUCUCACGCCGGGCUACAGCCUCUUCACUCAUCCCCCAGGCUGGCAAGUAGAAAAUUCAAUGCUGUUUUGGCUAUAGUUGCCACUCCUUGAUUCUUGUUGCUUUGAUACUUUGAUAUUUAUUUUCUGUUCUUGACCACUGGAUCCCUUUUUUUUUGUUCCAGUGGGGGUCCAAGAUUUAAUGUAAGAUUUGGCCCAAGAUUUAGUGCAAGAAUUAAUUCAAGAUGGGCUUGAGCCAGAGAAAACCCUGUGCUCUUGCACCUUUCCCUGAAGUCUAAUAAAUUUAUGCCUGUCCUGGAAUGAAUGCUGCUAGUAUGCAUCCCGCUUCUAGUCACCGCCAGUGAACACUGUUUGGGGCUAACAAAUGUUUCAAGUUCUGAAUUAAAUUAAUUCAUUUUUUUCUUCGUGAAAACAUGAUUGUUAAAUUUAUAAUCUAUUUGUAAUUGAUUAUUCCUAACGGCUGGGGCCCUCCCAUUAAUUCUGAUCGUUGUAAUUUCGUAAUUUCUUAAGAUUAUCAAACAAAAGAAAAUAAUGGAAAUCAUAAUUAACUAUAAAAACUAGGGAUGGAAUUUUCGAAUCUUGGAUUCGUCGAAUAUACCGAAUCCUAUGGAUUCGAGGAUUCGUAGGAUCCGAGGUGGGAUUCGAGGUGGGUUUUUAAGAGUUUUAGGUAGUAAUUGAAAAUUGCAGUGCUGGGCGAAGUUCGAAAAUUUCGAACUGAACCGAACCAUACGUUCGGUUCUGUUCGAAACCUCUUAAAAUAUAUUCAAAAAACUGAACGUUCGUUUAAAAAAAAUUACGUUUUUCUAAUUUUCUAACCCUCAUUUGAGACCAUUCACAAAACAGCACAACAAAAUUCCAUUACUUGUAAUAUUCCGACUUUUAUUGCAUAAUCGUCGCCUCAACAGUUUCAAGCGCAGACAAAAUAAAAAAAAUUAUUAAUCGUCGCAUAACUCGCAAAGCAUUUUUUCAUACAGGCGCGCUUUGUUUUUUGUUUACUUUAGAGAAUUUUGUAUGCAUUUCUCGUACUAAGUAAUAUAAACUAUUGUACAAAUGCCAAAGGUAUUGUAUAUCAUACCUUAACUAUAGUGCAUGUACGAGAAGUAUUGUAAAAUCACCAAAGAUUGCGUACCCUAUACGUUAAACUAAAGCCCAUGUACGAGAACUCUCGUAUUUCGGCAAAACUAACGUGAUCAAGUUAACACAAGACAAAUGCGGUAGGAAAUAAUUAUGUAAAUUACGUAUUUUAAAUUACUGGGAUGUAUUUAUUUUCUUUGGCCUUUUUAGUUAUAACAGUCAGGUACUGAAAAUAUUAAUUUAAUUUGUGUAUUAAAAGUACUGGUCCAGUAAAUUUUACAGUACGGUACUAAGUUGACUAGCGUAGUUGCAGCAGCCAUCAUUAUUUCUCGUGUUUUCUUUUUUCCGACACAAAUUUCUAGAGAUGGACGAGUUGAGGUUUUUUGGCUUCGAGUCGUGCCGAGCCGAGUUUUGCAAUUCAUAUUUCGAGUCGAGUCGAGUUCGAGUCACAAAUUUUUUGAAGAGGUCUAGUCAGUUCGAGUUUCAUAAUUUUAUAAUUGUUUGCGUCGAAUAUGAUAAAUAAAUAUUACUACGCCCAUUGAUAUAAAAAUUGUGUAUCCAAGAUGCAUCUGCAUUAUUUAAAUAUUUUAAAUGAUUAAUUCAAAUCAUUAUGUUAUUUAAAUAUAAAAAACUAAGAUUUAUUUCAACAUGAUUUCACAGUAUCUUUAAUGUAGCUAUCCUAACCAUAUCAACCGUCCACAAUGUUUUAAAGUAUUUAUAAUGUAGCUAACCUAACCUAAUUGACCAUAGUUAUCAUGAGUUGUCCAAAAUAAACAUUCACGGACACACUGCAAAUGAAAAAUAUGGCGGCGUACAAAUAAAUACCGUUGCCUUGUUUAUGGUAUUUGCUUUUAUCAACACCGCCAUAUUUAUUUACAAUGAACCAAAAAAAAAAAACGAAGAUGUACGAUCGGGAGUUUGGCUCUUUCGUCUGUGAAAAGAAGGCUUCCCGAGUUAUGUAACUUUUUUUUUCCGAUCCACCGGCAGAUCCCCACAUGAACAAACAGCUCAAGGGAUAUAGGCCUUGUCACAUUGUCACAUUCUCAAUGUAAAUACACUUUCCGCGGCAAGAUUAUUCGCCCGGAACUUGUUACAACUACAAGAAUAUCAAUAUGUUUAUAAAUAAAUAUUUCAUGCAUUUGAUUUGGCGAUCAGUAACUGAUUGCCUAAUAAAAUGCAUGAGCGUUGUUAUUAUUAUAUUUUAUUCAAACAAAAAGAAAGUAAUUUUAUCCUAAACGUUAUUGACACUCAGCGCUGCGUAGCGGAGCACAGCUAAAUUUAGUUCCAAAAUGCAAGGCUGGCUGGCCUAACACGCAGCCAUUUUCACGUUUCACCGCUUGGUGUUAUUUACUAAAUAUUAUAAUAUAAUUAUUUUGUGUUUAUAUUUUUAGGUUACUUGUUUAUACGAGUUAUUAUAAACGGGGCACGAUAAACGUGAUGAUUAUUAAUAUAUGUGCGUUUUGCAACAAAUUUUUCUUCAGUGAAAAUCCUUUGACGUAUUUUGUAAACAAAUGCGGUACCGUAUUUGAAGUAAACACAGGAUGAAAAACAAAAUGAAAACAGUGCACGCUGUUUUCCAAGCAUUUUUUUUUUAUAUAAAAUGGUCAUGUGACAUAAUUUUGUCCUAUAAACUGUCGCCACUAUCGACAAAAUCACGUUACGACGUCACGUUCAUAAAUGAAGGUAGGCCUAGGUUUGGUUGCACUUGUACCUAUUAUAGCGCCGUAGCACGGUAGCGGGCAAGGUUGGGUUAGCACGGGAUUUGUUUUGUUUAAAGGUCAUUAUCAUUUCUUCCUGUAUUAAUGACUUGGCGAAAACGUUAAGACAACCUAUAAUAAAGUGCUAUAAUGUCACGAUGCUGGUACUUAACUCGAAACGUGUUUCGAGUCUCGAACUUGAUUAAAUAUGUGAUUCGGUUUUCGAGUCGAGUCAAUCUGACCCAACUCGGCUCGGCUCGACUCGAUAAACCAAGACUCGACCCAUCUCUACAAAUUUCUAUAACCACACUUCUUACGUUACGUUUACAAUAUUAUUGUUCUUGAGGUAAUUUUGCGAUGAGCAGGCUUACGUCGUUUUCCAAAUGGAGAAAAGAUAAUGACGACCCAGAUGUCCCAGAACCACCCCAAAAAAUGUCUAAAGUUUCUUCUGACGAGCAGCAUUCUUCCAAGUAAACAGCAACUGCAGUCAGCAGGUUUUGUAAUGUAGAUAGGUAACUUAAUUCACAUUCGACUUUUUUUUAAUGUCCUAUUAAAAAGUUUUAAUUGUUAAAAAUGUUAGGUUAUGUCUAUCACAAAAAUAUGUUAUGUGACCUUAUGCUGAAUGUUCUAUAAUGUUAUAUUUUUUUAAAAUGAAGGUUAGUGUACACUGAAAAAGGAAGAUAGUUUUUUUUGAAAUUUAGAUGAAACUUCUUCAUGAAUUAAAAGUUGGGAGGUAUAUAUAUAUAAGCUAAGCUAUAUAAUGUUUUAAUUUUACAUAUGGCUGGAGAACCUUUCUUUCUCACCACUCAGUUAAAGACCAAAAUGCUGGUCAUUGGUUCAUUUUAAUUCAAAACAAUUAUUUCUGUAUGAGGUUCGGUAUGAAUUUUUUUUCGCUAUGGUUCGAUUCAGUUAGGUUUGGUUCGAAACCAGAGAACUGAGGUUCAUCCAGCUCCAGAAACUUGUAUACCAACUAUAUUAUAAAGGUAACGGAAAUAGCACAAACAUAAUAUAAACUACGCUGCAUUUUGUCAAUUGGCAUAACUACUCGAUCAUUUCCAACCUUCAAUAAUUUAACAUCGCAGAAAAAAACGUAACUUUUUUAAAAUGGUGUCUGUUAUACAAACGGGUUUUAUUGAAAACACAGGAAGGAUUAAUUUAACAGAGAAUUAGACAGAUGCAAACUUACGUGUGUGGUUUUUGAGGUUAGGUAUGUGUCUUUAUUUUGUAUCAGGUGUAUACACUAUGCACUUAUUUUAUAAUUUUAUAAAUACACUGUAAUUUUUUUUAAUACAUAGGCCUAUGUAAUUUUUUAAAA